AUGUGCAAACAAGUCGUCGAAUAUUACGCCGUGUGCAAGUGCCACUAUUUCACGCACGGAGUUGACAAAUGUCCCAAUGUUGGCCAGAAGGGCCACCCAAGUCCUGUAAUCCAGAAGACAUAUGUUGGCACCAACUGCCCAACCCAUUCCACAUAG